CUACAAUCCAACCGGAAAUCGAUUGGCGCAUUCUGCAACAAUGCUCAAGCCUAUUGGUUAGAAACACGUUCUUCAAUUUGCAUAUUUACAGGGGUGCUGGGAAAUGACGUUCUAAAUCGAAUGUGACGUUGAUGCAGGUGCUCAUGCUGAGGAGGAGAUGGAGGAGGAUAAAGAAGAGGAGCAGCAGCAGCGUAUACCUCUAUCUACAUGCAAAAGUAUAAACAUUUGAUAGGUUUAGUAAAGGUAGUAGAGAUUGGAGGCAGUACAUUUGUAUGAUUUAUAUUAUAUAUUGUAUAAUUAUCAAUUAUAUUGUAACCUAUUUUAUACAAGUUUAACUGAAUUAUUAUUGUACUUGUUGCUGGCCAUUUGAUAGCUUUAGAAAAUAUUGGGUUUCACUUGCAUCACAUGGCACUGGCUCAUGAAUAAGAUAUGGGCACAUGAGUAGCCCUAUCUUGUUUCUAGCCUGAGCAUCUCCCUGGAAGUGUUGCACUGGAAACCUAAACUUUGGGAGAGUUUGAAUCCUGUUGUUACUAGACGAGGAGUUUAUUCAAUGCCAUCGCUUUUAUAACAAAACGUGUAGUUUGAUGACCUGUGAGCUACGACUGUAUAAAACAAGAAUGGCCCUUGAGAUGUCCAACGAUAAACGGAUAAAACUCGGAGCGCUCUGGUGACUCGAAUCCAAUUGCGCCCCUAUCCAAAAAAUAUCCUCCCCAACCGGGAGAUUCAUACUGGACGUUUGGAAGCGGAACGAACGAUGACUAGACGCAGUGACAGCGAUAAUGACGGAGAGACUUCAUCCCCGUCUCCGUCCUGGCGCCCAAAGAAAUGUAAAGGUGAAAAGCAUGUGUCUUUCCCUCCGGAUGAGGAGAUAGUGUCAGGCUUCGCUGAGCGCAAGGACACGAUCAAUGUUGACAGCCUCACCUUGGCAGAGGUAAUUGAGGCCUACAAGAGGAGCUGCGACAAGCACCAGGUGGAACCUAAACCCAAGAUUCUGGAACAACUUGAGCAGGUUACCAGUUUAAAUGGCAGGGCCCCAUGUCUGGAUUUGAAAGGUGAGCGAUUAGACCCCCUUUCCUGCGAGGCUCUGGAAGUCAUACUGAAAUCACUGAGCUUUGAUUUCAUCAAUCUGCAAGCGGCAGAGCUGGAGGAAAAUGGAGCAUCAUCCUUGCUGGAUAUGAUUUUGUAUUAUGAAUCUACCCCCCAUCUUGACAUCUCUGACAACACCAGCAUGGGGAUAUCUGGUUGGAAGGCCCUCUCUCAUUUGAUAAAGCAGAGUGUGUGUCUGUUGAGGCUGGAUGUGUGUAACGUGGCCCUGCUACAGUAUCCAGCCCAGGUCCUGUCAAGAGCCCUCCUCAGCAGCAGACUCACCGUGCUACACCUCCAAAGCACCUGCCUCAGCGGCAGACCCCUCUUCACGCUUGUGGCUGCUCUGAAGAGCAACAGAGCACUCCGGGAGCUGUACCUGUCCAACAAUAAUCUGAACAGCGAACAGGACUCUAUGCAGUUAGGAGACCUGCUCAGAUACAACAGCUCAAUCACUACUCUGGACCUCAGCAACAACACCAUAGCAAACUCAGGACUGGAGGAGAUCUGUGAAGGUCUGAGAGGUCAGACAGAUGGACUGAAGGUUCUGAUUCUAUGGAACAACCAGAUCACUAACAAUGGACUGGUCCAUCUAGCCAAAGUUCUGCCUGUCCUAAAGACUCUGGAGACAUUGAACCUGGGGGAGAAUAACCUGCAGAACAGAGGUAUCCACACACUGAGGGAAUCUCUGAUGAUGAACCACUCACUUUUGCAGCUAGGCCUGGAACACACACACAUCACGUGUGAAGGUGCUGUGGCUUUGGCUGAGUUCCUAGCUGAGAGCCGUCAGAUCCAGCGUCUGGACGUGCGUGAGAACGAGGUCAGGGCUGGAGGUCUCAUGGCCCUCUCUCUGGCCUUACGAAUCAACCACAGCCUCACCUCACUAGACCUGGACCACACACCCAAACAGGAACAGGAGGACUUUCUGAUGGAGACCCAGAAGAGUCUACUGAGAGAGAUCAGUGAGCUCUGCACGGGGAACGCUGCACGUCACCGCAUCGCCACGGAAACAGAGCUGCCGUGGCCCGACUCCUCUGAGACCCGCUGACAACCCCACAACAUGACUGAAACGGAUACACACACGUGCACGCAGACGCACACUUUCUCUCGCUCACUCUCUCUCACGCAUGCACACACACACACAGACGUCCUGUCUUAAUGUCCAUCCCAAACAGUUGACUAGCAGAUCUAUUCGAAUAAUAAUUCUAUGGCAAAUAAUGAUAACCAUAAAACUCAAAAUCUGGGUAAUAAAGCCGGAGCUCUGCUCCCUAAUGAAACUUAGGGGUUUGUCCCAAAUAGCACCCCUAUUCCUUAUGUAGUGCACUACUUUUGACCCGGACCAAUGGGCUUUGAUCAAAAGUAGUGCACUAGGUAGGGAAUAGGGUGACAUUUUGGAUGUAGCCCCAGCCGCCCAGGGUAUUGCUCCUGCCUAGGCUCACACACUUUCCAUGAAGCAAUAUUGCAAGCCCACUCAAAACGUGAAUCACCUAGAAAUGAAGAGAGCUGUUCUCUCUGUUCUCCGCCUCGUUCUCCUCUUCCUCCCCCCGUCUCCCUCGUUUAAUGUCCCCGGAGUGUGAUGCGGACUAAAGCCCUGUGUGUGUGUCAUGACUAAUGUUCAGGGGAGCACUUUUGUGUCUGGUUGUUACUUAUGUUCCACAGCAUCAUCUGCAUGACAGCCACAGCUGAACUGAACUCUGCUAACUUACAUGGACAGCCUCAGGUAUGUCACACAGUUUUAGCGACAACAGUUUACCUUUUGUUUUUAUUGCGCUGUCUUGCUUCUUUUAUGAGUUUUCACAUAAUCAGUUUGUACCCUGGUAUUUUUAGGAUUCAUGUUCAGGAACUUGAUGUAGUUCUAAACAGAUAUGAACAUUUCAGUCAUUGGCUUGGAGCUUCUGGUAAAACUAUUUUACCAGAAGAGGGAACAAGGGAUCAAAAUGCUUCACAUCAACAGGGAACAGUACGAUUUUAAUGUUGUAUUAUAUGACUUAAUUUCUCUAUCUCGGAUUUUAUAUACGUAUGAUGAUGUCAUCUCGUUGUUGCUGUGUAUUUGUCACACUUACGAAAAGUGUAUAUUUGUCACACGGAUAUUAUUUUUUUGUCUCAGAAUUGCAGCUAAGGAAGGCAUUACUUGAUUUUGACAUAAGCAUCAUGAAAAUGAGAGCGUGGGCAAAAUGCUUCUCUGCAUAGCCACUCUGUUAAUGUAUAGGCUAAUACAUAGUACUUACGGUACUUACUGGACACCAUUUCCACUUUCAAUCAUACAGGGAUUGAAGUUUGUAGUGAUUCUGAUGGAUUUGUGCUUUUUGUGGCUAAACCAGUUAUACAACUUUGUGCACUUUUUGUUAAAUAUCAAAUAAAUACCAAUAC